GGUUAGCCCUCCCCGGUGAAGGCAUCUAUCUUCCUUCGACACUCUCCCUCGACACAACGGAGCAAGUGUAACCAGCCCGGAGGUGACCCGACGGCGAGGUCAAGGGGUAUUCCGGGGCGCACCUUGAAGAGACCCACGCGCACCGAUCCGGUCUGGUCGUUGCCGAACAUGAAGAAGUUAAAGUCGUAUAUCUCACCCACACCCCCCGCGGGGGAGGAGCGGAAGAAGGAAACGAAUGAAGGGACAGGGGCAGCCGGAGGCCGGUCGAGGAGAGCGGGCUCCAAGACGCCGGCACAUCAACUACAGCAGAUCCGGCCGCAGCCAGAAGGGAGCUCAUUGCAGCCCGCGGCGGCGGCGGCAACAACAGCGCCAUCGGCACCAUCAGCGGCCACCUCAGCACGAGCGAGCAUGCUCUCGAUUCCGGGGGGCGGCACCGGACAGGCCAGCCAAGGCAAGUCGCACAACCACAGCCCGGGCACGUCCCGGCCGGCGUCGCUGCGGCACUCGUCCUUCCUCCCCGCGGGCGACGUCCGCAACGGCGACUCGGAGGCCAUCAACGAGAUCCGCAGCGACAUCAUGGUGAACUGGCUGUACGAGCAGCAGCUGCGCAACCAGUACGCCUCGGGCCAGCACGCCUUCGAGGGCGUGGUGCUCAAGCGGGCGCGCGGCACCUUCACGUGCUGCCCGCCGCAGAUGGCCGCCAUCCCGGACUCGCUGUUUGCCGUGGUGGCGCGCAUGAACGUGCGCUGCGCCAUGACGGUCAACACGCGCCUCGUGCGCGCCAUGCUCGACUCGGUCCUCUCGCGCACGCGGCUCGACUACGUGCCGCUGCCGGACGGCCUGCGCGUGCAGGUGCUGCGGACCAUGGCCGACCUGCCGCGGCGCGGCCAGCUGCACCACUUUGCCGCCUUUGUCGAGGACGUGCGGCUGCUGGUGGUGUGGGACGACGAGCCGGAGAAGCUGCUCGCGAGGGCGCAGGGCCUCGAGGCGAAGCUCAUCGAGAUCACCUGGGGCAGCGGGGACGACGCCGAGGCUGUGGACGAGGACGACGGCGGGGCGGAGAAGAAGGGCAACAGCAAUACGGCCGUGGGCGUGCAGGAGCUGGAGCUGGACCCGGCGCAGCUGGAGGAGGCGCUCGCCAGGGAGCACCGGCCGGUCCGGCUGGAGAGCGCCGUCAUCGUCACGUUCACGCUGGCGCUCUGGCUCGUGUGUCCGGCGCUGGGGAUCCGGUGGCUGGUGUACCAGUCGGUCGUGGACGGCACGUACCUGCGAUGGGCGCUGCUGGCGGCGCUGCCGGCGCAGCUGUUCGUGAGCCUGUUCUUCUUCCAGUCCAUGGUCACCAGCCUGUUCCAGGUGUUCGGCCCCAUCUCGGCCGUGGCGAGCAACAGCAGGUACUACAGCGGCAAGCCGCCGCGGCGCAUCGACCGCAACCAGGGCCCGCUGCCGCACGUCACCAUCCAGAUGCCCGUGUACAAGGAGGGCCUCGCGGCCGUCAUUAAGCCGACCGUGGUGUCGCUCAAGGCGGCCAUCAGCACGUACGAGAUGCAGGGCGGCACGGCCAACAUCUUUGUCAACGACGACGGCAUGCAGCUGAUCUCGGACGACGACGCCCAGGCGCGCCGCGACUUUUACGACGAGCACAACAUCGGCUGGGUCGCCCGCCCGCCGCACAACCCAAACCCAACCGCGGACGGCGACGACAACGCGCCGGCCGAGAAGCGCUUCGUCCGGCGCGGCAAGUUCAAGAAGGCCAGCAACAUGAACUACGCGCUGCACGUCAGCAACCGGGUCGAGGACAAGCUCGCCGGCGUGGAGCGGGGCAGCCGGUGGGACAACGAGCAGGAGACGGCCGCCUACCAGCGCUGUCUGGCCGACGUGCUGCGCGAGGACGAGGGCCGCACCUGGGCCGAGGGCAACAUCCGCGUCGGCGACUACAUCCUGCUGAUCGACUCGGACACGCGCGUGCCGCACGACUGUCUGCUGGAUGCCGUCAGCGAGAUGGAGCAGAGCCCGGAGCUGGCCAUUCUGCAGUACCAGUCCGGCGUCAUGAAUGUUACCAAGUCGUUCUUCGAGAAUGGCGUCACCUGGUUUACCCGCCUGAUCUACUCGUGCAUCACCUUCGCCGUGGCCUCGGGCGACUCGUGCCCCUUCGUCGGCCACAACGCCUUCCUCCGCUGGCAGGCGCUGCAGGACGCGGCCGCCUUCACCGACGAGGAUGGCUACGAGAAGUACUGGUCCGAGUCGCACGUGUCCGAGGACUUCGACAUGUCCCUGCGCCUGCAGGUCGCCGGCUACACGAUCCGCUACGCCUCGUACACGGGCGACGGCUUCAAGGAGGGCGUCAGCCUGACCGUCUACGACGAACUGGCUCGGUGGGAGAAAUAUGCCUACGGCUGCAACGAACUGCUGUUCCACCCGCUGCGCUUCUGGCUCGUCCGCGGGCCCUUCACGCCGCUUUUCCGCCGCUUCAUUACGAGCAGCAUCCCGCUGCCGAAGAAGCUGACCAUCCUGGCGUACAUUGGGACUUACUACGCCAUUGCGUCGGCCUGGCUCCUGACGCUGGGGAACUACUUUGUGACGGGCUGGUUCUAUGGCCACCACGACAAGUACUACCUCGACUCGUUUGCCAUUUACAUCUCCAUCAUUGUCGUCUUCACCGCGCUAGGCAACGCCUCGCUAGCCGUGCUGCGGUAUCGGCUGAGCGAGCAGUCUCUUCUUUCAGCAUACUUCGAAAACCUCAAGUGGAUCCCCAUGUUCUGCAUCUUCCUCGGCGGCAUCUCGCUGCACCUGUCGCAGGCCAUCCUGUCGCACUUCUUCGAGAUCGACAUGGUCUGGGGCGCCACGGCCAAGGAGCUCGAGGAGGUGCGCUUCGGCCCGGAGAUCCUGCGCAUCAUCCGCCGCUUCAAGUGGACCUUCCUGUACUGCUUCGCCUGCACGGCCCUCAUGGUCUGCGGCAACACCGUCUUCCCCGUCGAGUGGCGUAUCAGCAUGUUCUACAGCAUCUAUCCGCUUGCCGCGACCGUCGUGUCGCAUUUCUGCCUGCCCGUGCUGCUCAAUCCGGCGCUGAUGAUGUUUACUUGGUGAGCUGGCGAGCGGGGGAGGUGAGGGAAAAGGAAGGGUGGUAAAUUGUUAACCUAUUUCGUUUUGGGCUUCCUUUUCUUGGCUUUGUUCUACUUUGCCUAAUGUUUAUUGGUCGUUAUCACCCUUCCCCCCCGUAGUCGUCUGAAGGGGUCUGCGGGAGUGCAAAGUCACAAAAGGCAGAAGAUCGGCUUUGGUCAAGC